CUCUCUCUCUCUCUCUCUCUCUCUCUCUGUGGGUGAUGUGUUUGCCCUUUUGUUUGUUCAACACAUAGCUUGUUUGCCCUUUUAAUUCAAAGAUUUCAAUAAAGAAUUGUUCGUGAGAACGAUAGCUAUGGUUUACAUUGAUAUAAAAAGCUGAAAUUUUAGAAGAAAAGAAUGGACAAGAGUUGGAUAGAUAUACGAGAUCGAACAUUUACGCAAUAUCUCACUGGAGUUGAGAAUUUUUUGGUUUAAGAACUAUGUGACGACACAGAGAAGAACUUCUAAUAUGGUGUUUUAUGAAGAAAUCAUUAGUUUGGCUAAUGGUCCUGAUGAGUUUGCACGAAAAUUUAAGGGAUAUUUUGUCAAUGGUUUUAGAUUUCGUACAAAGAAGUAUGAAAAUCAUAGAACCACUCAAAAUUCUGGUGUUGUUUUGAAGGCAAAUACUAUGAGUUAUGCUAGUGUGAGAGAUCAAAAUCCUCGAUCAGGUGAUGUGACAUUUCAUGGAGUGUUGACAGAUAUAGUUGAAAUUUGGUACACCGAUACCUUGAAAUUUGUCUUGUUCAAGUGUGAUUGGGUUGAUAGUCUUGUGGGAGUGAAAGAGGAUGAGUUUAAAUUCACACUGGUGAACUUUAAUCAUUUGUUGUACAAAGAGAAUGGAAUAGGGGACGAGCCUUUCAUUUUGGCUCAACAAGCAAGACAAGUUUGUUAUGUGCAAGACCCUUUGGAUUCCGAUUGGCAUGUUGUUCUUACGAUGACUGUCAGAGAUCUAUUUGAUAUGUAUUCGAAAGAUUCAUCUCGUACUCCUACAGCGGUACCUCAAGUCGAGCUUUACGCAAGCCAACAAUUGGAUGAAACUAUAUAUUUGCACGAUAAAGAUGUUAAUUGGGUGCGACAAGGAGUGGAAGGAACUAUUGUGGAGACAAAUGUUGUUGAAAAUCUUCUUGAGAUGGAAGAAUCUGAUUGACCAUUAUAUAUUUAUCCUUGCUAUAAUUUAUUUUCUUUUUCAUUAAUAUAUAAGAAUAAUUUAGUAUAUGGAGUGUGGUUUAAUGUAAUUGACGUCUUGCUGAGGUUUAUAAUUUAAAUUUUUUUACACUUGUCUUUGUUGGAUUUUUUUUAUAUAAUUAUUUUAUUCCAGUGGUUUAUGGCGCCUAAGAGAACAAGAGGUAUGUCAAUGGAGGAAUUGCUUCCCCCAUCUCCUUUGAGACGUAAAAAGGGCAAGCACCAGGCACAAACAUCUCAACAACGUAGUUCGAGUUCGAGCCAGCCUCAAGUUACUUCAUCAAGACAGCCUACUUCCUCGGUUCAAAGUGAACAAGCAUAUGUUGUGAGACGUCAACGCGCCCAGCUAGAGACACAACUAUCUCAGCAAAAUGUUGUUGCAUCUGAGGAUGACCAUUUGACAGGCCAACCAGAUGAGUCAGGGCAAAUGGAAUCCGAAGAUAUUAUUAAAGGACGUGGUGCUGCUCGGAGUAUUCCUCAAUGGGGGACUGGAAACAUAUUGCAUGUUACGUUUGAUCCUGAGUGGAAGCCAAUUAAAGCUAAUGCAUCAUUGUUUAGUUCACAGCUUGGAAUCAUAGCACGAAAUGGAAAAAAAAUUCCUCUAACAUAUCCUACAUGGAAUGACAUGCCUGAUGAUAUAUUAGACAACAUUUGGAAGGAUAUCACAGAUAAUACAGAUGCCCCUGAGGCAUAUAGAUUCCAUUGCCUAAAGGUAGUUGGUAAUAGAUGGAGGGAUCAGAAGUGCCGACUGAAGCAGAAAUGGUAUGAUAGAUAUGACACUGAUGAACAACGCUUAGCCAUCACUCCUCCUCGGGUGGUCACAGAGCAGUGGAAGACACUAGUAAAAUAUUGGGGUCUUCCAAAAGUAAAAGAAUGUUCUGAGAUGAAUAAGGUCAAUCGUGCACAAGGAGGUGCUCCACAUAGGACUGGUCGCACAUCUUUUGCUCAGUUGAGAAAUGUGAUGAAAGAGAAAGGAGAGAAGACUGAUCGUCUGAGCAUGUUUAUCAAAACUCGAAAAAAGAAGAAGAAAAAUGAUGAAGAUGAAGUUUUUGAUGAGGACAGUGCUGAUAUUAUUAAUCAAUUCAACCAAUGUUUGGAAGAAAGGGUAGAAGAUGAACAAGAUGAGUCAUUUAGAGAGGAAAUAUUUACUAAAGUGAUGGGAAUUGAUGCACAUGGGCGUGUUCGCAUGUAUGGGGCUGGUGUAACUCCAUCUCAAGUGUUUGGUCAAAAAUCAAAUUCUGACAAUAAUGAGAAUAGGAUGAGAAAGGAGCUAUAGAAACAAUAUCAGUCAAAAAUAGAUGAUCUCCAAUCCAAGUUAAAUGAAGUUAGCUCACAACUCAGUCAAGUAAUGACUCAUGUUGGUUUCCAAACCACCCCAGAAGAAACCGGAAGCGGCCAGAUUCCAGAUGCCUCAAGUAUGCAUCAACGAAGACUUAGUGUUAAUAGCGAGCUGCAGCCUAAUUUAGACUUGGAGGCAUAAAAGAAA